GUCAAACUCUCCAGGGGCCAAGUCAGACAAGCGCGCAGGCGCAAAUCGGUGGGUUUGGUUUCUAUGGUUUUCGGAGCGCGACGGCGGAGGAGGUGUCGGCUCCCGGCUUCGCGCCGCAAACGUCGCGCGGCGGGCAUGCUUUGCGGCAGACGUCUACGUCGGUAACCGGUUGUUCUGAAGCGGCCGCCCGGGAAGGAGACAAGGGCACUUCUGUGGGUCGGGCUCGAGCUCAGGACUGUCUCCUCUUCGCUGGGCCCCGUCGCCGGCGAGGCCAUUGUCCCCGGCGCCUGCAGCCUGCGUACCUCUCAGUCAUGCCUUUCUUAGACGUGCAGAAAAGACUGGGCAUUAGUUUAGAUCGCCACAUGGCGAUCCAAAGUGCUGAACAACCCUACAAAAUUGCUUCUCGAUGCCAUGCUUUUGAAAAAGAAUGGCUAGAAUGUGCACAUGGAAUUGGUGCUACCCGGGCGCAAAAAGAAUGCAAGAUAGAAUAUGAUGAUUUGGUAGAAUGUUUGCUGCGGCAGAAAACGAUAAAACGCAUGAAUACCAUCAAGAAGCAGCGGGAUAAGCUAAUAAAGGAAGGGACGUACACCCCUCCACCUCACCACUUGGGCAAGGGGGAGUCUAGGCCCUGAGCAGGGCAGCUGCCAAUGGCUGGAGGCUGAUAUUCAUGCUGUUUUCCACUGGAAGCAUUGUUUACUGAAAACCUGUGUCAGAUGUGUAAAAAUAAAGGAAUAUUACAUCCUA